AUGGACGCCAUGCCGAUCACCAGCGCCCGCAUCAACAGGUUCGCCGGAGUAAACUUCCAUUCGUGGAAGUUCAAGAUGCAGAUGGUGCUGGAGGAGCGAGACCUGUGGGAUAGCGUGAGUGGGGAGGUGAAGCUUGAGCACUGCGUGUCGAUAUUGGACCAAGCAACGUUCAAGAGGAAGUCGCGUAAGGCACUGGCGAUCAUCUGCCUCGCAAUGGAGGACUCGCAGUUGCCACUGGUGCGCUCGGCGGAAAAUGCGUACGAUGCAUGGUCGCUUCUGGAGGGACAUUACGAGAAGAAGAGCUCGGCUAAUAAGCUCUUUUUCCACAUCAACAAGCUCAAGACCCUGGCGGAGCAACUCGACGCGGCUAGUGCUCCGGUCAGCGAAGACGACUUGGUCAUCACUCUUUUGGCCAGUCUCAGCGAGUCCUAUCAGUUCCUGAUCACGGCGCUGGAGUCAAGGUCCGACUCGCUAACAUUGGAUUUAGUGACGUCUCGUCUGAUGCAUGAAGACUUGAAGCGCAAGGAGCAAGGUGGCGGAGUCGAUGGAUCCGUGCAUGGGCAAGCUCAAGCGUUCAUGGCACGAGACAACAAGCGAAACGGACGACCAGGUAAGAAGACUGGUGCGCGCCACAAGUGUGGAAAACAAGGACAUCGGAUCGCGGAGUGCCCCUCGCAGAUCCAAGAAGACGCGGAACGACAUCGAUUUCAGCGUGCGAACGUGGCGCAAGAUGAAGAUCUUGGCGAUUAUCUGUUCUCGGUUGGUGGUGAAGUCGCCAAGUCGAGUAACGUGUGGCUGGUCGACUUGGGUGCGACGCAGCACAUGACAACCUCUAAGAAGUUCAUGAAGAACUACAAGGUCUUUAAUCCGGUCGAUGUGCACUUGGCAGACGAUGGUGUCGUUCAAGCGAUCGGAAAAGGCGACAUCGUGAUGUCAAUGAAGACGCCACGCGGUACCAAGACAGGUGUGCUCACGGACGUGUAG